CCGCUGUAAAAUCCCCGAUAAACGCACACCUAUGACCACCUCACAUCAUUCCAUAUUAAUACGCCACUGAAAAGGAAAAGUGAAUGUUAUGUUCGCCCUCAUGUUGCCUAGCAACACUGUUAAUCGAACUACCUUGCGUCGCGGAAGAAUGCUUUAUUAUCUGUUCAACCAGAAUUAAUCUUCCAAUUCAGCUUCACAAAUCACAGUUUAUCCUGCUGAGCUGAAGCGCACAUACAAUUUUACAUCUUUUAAAAUACAUGAAAGACGGUUCAUGGUAGAAACUGGUUAAAAUGGAAACUACUCUACAGAUUGAUGAAAAGAGAAGUGCAAACAGGCUACUCUCCACAGCAGUGAUUUGUCUGAGCCAUGGAUGUGUUUUCCUGGAGAAAUCAGUUGUGUUUGACAUGGCUACUGCUGUGGUUGACACCAGAGUGCCUCACCAGGCCGGAUCCACGCAUACGUGAAGAUCUGAUAAAGUUGGAGAUGAGAAGAGAGAUAGGAGGAAGUUUGGAGCUAAAUGAGAAAGAACAGCUUCUUGAUGCAAAGAUUUAUAAACUGAAGUUGGAGGAAAUGGCAGCACCGGAGUUCCCCCCUGCCCUGCACUUCUUUAAAGCAAAACAUCUGAUUGAAGCAAGUCCGAUCUUCAGUCUGCUGCAGAAGAUGCCCAAGGGUGCUGCCCUGCAUGUGCACGAUUUUGCCAUGGUGGGAGUUGAAUGGCUGGUGAAGAACGUGACCUACAGGGAGAACUGCUAUGUUUGCUUUACUGAUGAGCACUCAGUCCGGUUUGUAUUUUCCUCUGUACAACCUAAAGCCGAACCUUCCUGCUCCUCAUGGAUGCUGCUUAAAACCCUGAGAGAGAAGCUUAAUGCCACUGAGCUUGACAACAGAUUUAUCCAGAAUCUUACAUUGUUUACUGAGGACCCUGACAAAUCCUACCCCAACCAGGAUGUUGUCUGGAAAAGGUUCGAACAAGCAUUCUUGGUGGCGUACGGUCUGGUUACAUACGCUCCAGUCUUUAAAGACUAUCUGUAUGAAGGCCUGAGGCAGUUCUACAUGGACAACGUGAUGUACAUUGAAAUUCGGUGUCUUCUGCCGCAGACGUAUGAGCUGGAUGGUAAGAGGAACAGUAAGGACUGGAGCAUCAGAGCUGUCCAGGAGGUGCUGCAACAUUUUAGGGCUCAAUACCCAGGCUUCUUAGGGGCACGAGUCAUCUACACCGUCCACAGGGCCUUGAAUUCAACACAAGUUGUAAAAGCUGUGGAGGAAGCCAUGACGCUGCAGAGAAACUUCCCGGAUAUUGUGGCAGGUUUUGACCUUGUGGGUCGAGAGGACAGUGGUCAUUCUCUGUGGGACUUUAAAGAGGCUUUGGAAUUGCCAGAAAAGCAGGGUGUCGAUCUUCCCUUCUUCUUCCAUGCAGGAGAAACUAAUUCAGAGGGCACAGAAGUUGACCAGAAUGUAAUGGACGCUCUGCUGUUUAACACCUCUCGUAUUGGUCACGGCUUCGCAUUGGCACGUCACCCUGUUGUUAAAGAGCUCGCCAGAAAGAUGGAUGUAGCGGUGGAGGUUUGCCCAAUUUCAAACCAGGUCCUGAAACUGGUUGCAGACCUACGAAACCAUCCAGCAGCUGAUAUGAUGGCAGAGGGCCAUCCCAUGGUGAUCAGCUCGGACGACCCAGCUCUGUUUGGUGCAGCCGGACUUUCAUAUGAUUUUUACCAGGCUUUCAUGGGCUUCGGAGGAAUGAAAUCAAAUUUAGCCACCCUAAAAGAGCUUGUCCUGAAUUCUCUCAGAUACAGCUCUUUGUCUUCUGCGAUGAAGGAAAAAGCCAUUGCAGCUUUAAUAGUGAAGUGGGACAAGUUUGUAUCAGAAAACGUGCUGUAGACCUGCUGGAGAUUCCUAAUCAGCUUCGGUAGCUGAAGCCUUACACACAGACUAGGAAAAAAAUCCAAGUGCACUUCACUGGCAGUCAGUCCAGCUGUUUUACUAUUUAUUAUAAUGAUGAGUUUACUGAAUACUGGAUGGUUGUUAAUGAACAUUUUAAAUAAUUAUUUAUAGUGCAAUGAGGAGUGUACAGUCUACUUCACAAAGAUCUGAUGUGGCUGCAGGUUAUCAGUCAGUCAGGCAGGAGCUUUAUAUCAUACAUCUGAUAAUUUUCUGAUAAAAUACCAACUAAUUAAACAGUAGCUCAUGCUUGGUUGGUAUAAAAAGGUGUGACCAGACCAGUUAAUCUAAGAACCCUUGCUGUUGGGAAAUUGAGGCUCUAGACAGAAACAGAUCCACAAAGGUUUGUGUUUCC